AUAAAAUUCAUGUGCGGUGUUAAACGUCAAGUUCUUAUUGUUUAAUUACGAGAAAAUAUAUAUAUUUUUUAAGUGGAUUUUAUUUAAUUUUAUUGAGUUUUUCAUUCUUAUCUACGAAUUGCAUUUUCAUUCAAUCUUAUGACAAUAGUAUUUUAAUUAUAAACAAAUUACUUUUUUGAAGAAAUAAUUUCAUAUUUACAAUUUUGUUUAAAGAGAAACUGUGUUUGUGUGUGUGUUUUUUUUUAAGUGGAAAAAGGUGGGUUGUUUGUUCAACUACUAAAGAUACAAAAAGUACAAAUUUUGUAGCUGAAAAAUAGAACAGCAAAUAUUGUUAUUUGUUGUUAAAAAAUAAAAUUGAAUUAAUCAACGUUUUGUCAAUCACUGCCUGCCCAUCCUCUCCGUACAGAAGAGGUAAAAACUAAACAUAAAAUAUACAAAUUGACAACAUCAAAUCUGAUUGACAUCGUCCUAAUUGAUUUGAAUUAAAUUGCUUUAUAAUCGACAAAAAGAAAUCAUUUUUGAAACAGACAUAUCAAGAUACUGAUGUCAAGACUGUCAAAUCUAUUGCUGAAAUUUUACAAUUUUGAAAAAAUGAUAUAAACAAUAACAACAACAACAAUUCCAUCCAAUUGAAAACGUCAAUAUUAAACUUUAUAUACAAAAAAAAAAACACAACAUAAAACAAUAGAAAUAUUAUUGAACAAAUAUCUAUUUUAUGGUCGACUUAUUAAAUAAACAUUGUUUUUGUUACCACACAAAAACAAACAAUAAUAUUAUUAUUAGAAUUACAAAUCAUAUACAACAUACUAUAUUAAUACAACUACAUACACCAAUACAUGAUAUUUACUAAACGAUUGUUCGUUGUCUUUGUAAAAUUAUUAUUAAUAUUAUUGACUAAACAAUAAAGGGAAAAAAAUAAAGACCAGACAAGACGGAUAUUUAGUAAAGGAAAGAUAAACAAGAAAAACUAUUCUUCAAAUUUCAAUCAUGGCAUAUUGCAAUGCUUGAACGUUUCCGUUUAUGUAAUUUAAGUCGUCACUGUCGUUUACGAUCUACAGAACUGGCUCGAGAUAAGAAACAAAGACAACAAUGUGUUACCAUACUAUUUCUCGAUGACACUACCCAAACCUUUCGGAUAGAGAAACGUGCCAAAGGUGGCGAUUUACUUGAGCAAGUAUAUCAGUUUCUAGAACUAUCCGAAAGGGAUUAUUUUGGUUUAUUAUUUCCCACAAAACCUGGCGAUGUUGUGCGAUGGGUUGAUGCACAAAAACCAUUUAAAAAACAAUGCAAUAGUAUUGCAUGGGAUAAUGACACCGUUCCAUUAUUAGAAUUUAGAGUUAAGUUUUAUGUAAGUGAUCCCAGUCGUUUACAAGAAGAAUAUACACGUUAUCAAUUUUAUUUGCAAAUAAAACGUAACAUUUUAUUGGGCAAACUGCCAUGUUCAAUUAAUACACAAUGUCUAUUAGCUAGUUAUACUGUGCAAUCUGAACUAGGUGAUUUCAAUCCUUUAGAACAUCAACCGGGCUAUUUAAGUAAUUUACAAUUAUUGGCCGAUCAAUCAUCAGAUGCUGAACGUAAAAUAUCGGAAUUACAUAAAUUACAUCGUGGCCAGUUGCCAGCUGAUGCUGAAUAUAAUUAUUUGGAACAUGCUAAAAGACUUGAUUUAUAUGGCAUUGAUUUGCAUAAAGCCAUGGAUUCCAAUGGCAAAGAUUUACAAUUGGGUGUUUCUGCUAUAGGUCUUCUAGUUUUUCAAAACUCUUUACGUAUUAAUACCUUUUCUUGGUCCAAAAUGGUUAAGGUUUCAUUUAAACGUAAAGAUUUCUUUAUACAGCUACGUCGAGAACCGUCGGAAAGCUAUGACACUUUAUUAGGUUUUAGUAUGAAUUCUCAUAAACAUGCCAAGGCUUUGUGGAAAUCUUGUGUAGAGCAUCAUUCGUUCUUCCGUCUAAAGAGACCUCAUCGUCUGUCACGCUUCCUUAAUUUAAGUUUAGGAUCAAAUAGAUUCUAUUAUUCCGGUCGCACCGAGCUUCAAGCUGUACAAGAAUCAAAACAACGUGCUAAAAUCCAUAAAGCUUUUGUUCGUUCUCCCAGUAAACGUUUAAUAACCAUUGGACCUGGUGGCACUACAACUUCACCAUUGGCUAAUGGUGGCAGUGGAUCCGAUAGCAAUGGUAGUGUUUCACAUAAUGGUAAAACUCCGUCCGCAAUAGCUGCUGCACACACGUCCAUUUUAACCAUAACAAAAACUAGCCGUCCUCAUCAUGACAAUAAGGUUACGUCCAAACAAUUGGAUUCAAUGCCACGCAAAGCUUGGGAGCAACACAGCGAUGAAUAUGAUAUACAACUUGAUACCGGCUAUAUUGAACAGUGCAGUCGACGUUUUGAGUCUCCAGUUCCUGCUUAUAGUACUGGUUCACAUAGUCCCAAUGGCACGCAAAUGGGCGCAGCUAUAACCACCUAUAUUAAUGGCUGUUCAACAGCACCUGAAAGUGGCAGUGAUUUGAUAACCAUACGUUUGCUAGCCGAUGAACAUGGACGUUUUGGUUUCAAUGUUAAGGGAGGCAUUGAUUUAAGUUUACCAGUACAAGUAUCAAAAGUUGUACCUAAUACUCCAGCCGAUCGCUGUACGCCUCGAGUACGAGAAGGCGAUGAAGUUGUUCUUAUAAAUGGUCGAGAGGUGCAUGGUCUGAAGCACGAACAAGUUGUAAGCAUGAUAAAAGAAUGUCGUACGACCCGCAAUGGUGAGCUAUUGCUGACCAUGAGGCCUGGAGGUAGGGCUGCUGCUUUCACCGAAGAAGAGGAGCCUCUGUAUCAAUAUGUGCCAGAGAAUGAUGAAAUCGGCUCACAUUCAAAUCUCUUAGAUGGUGAUGCUUUAUUCACUCAAAGUCUUUUGUUGUUAAGUGAUGGUUUGGCUUCCGGUGCCUUGUUGGCCCAAUAUGAAUUGAUGUAUCGUAAAAAUCCCGAUUUACUUAUAACGGAAGCUCGCAAACCGGAAAAUAUUGCUAAAAAUCGUUAUCGUGACAUAUCGCCAUAUGAUUGCACUCGUGUAACUCUCGUAAAUUGCUCAAGUGGUGAUUACAUCAAUGCCAAUUAUGUUAAUAUGGAAAUACCGGGUGGCAUCAAUCGCUACAUAGCCACCCAGGGACCAUUGGCCACUACCACCGCCGACUUUUGGCGCAUGGUUCAACAGGAAAGCAGCCAUUUGGUGGUAAUGCUUACCACCGUAAUGGAAGCGGGUCGACAGAAAUGCCAUCAAUAUUGGCCAGUAACGGGUGAAGAACUUCAAUUGGGAGAGGGUUUUUCGGUAAAAUGUCUUAGCGAGAAACCCGAUGAGACUGGUAGUUUUGUAUUUAGGGAAUUUUUACUAUGCGAUAAGCGUACCGGUGAACAGCGUCACAUUCAACACAUGCAAUAUCUUGCCUGGCCAGAUCAUUGUGUGCCAGCUGAUCCAAAUUUAUUUUUAGAAUUUGUCGAACGUGUGCGUAAUGCGCGUAAUCGUACGUUAUUGCAGGAGAUUGAGGAGAGUCUCAAGCAAGUGCGUUUGCUAGAUGCAGACGCCGAUGAAAAUGGUGGUCUUAUGAGUGAACGUAAAUGUGCUGCCAGUAAUGGUGUUACACCUGAAGAUGAAACACCAGUUUCUACAAGUGUUCAUCAAUGUAUUAGUGCUGCCAAUCCACCUGUGAUAGUUCAUUGCUCAGCUGGUAUUGGACGUACUGGUGUGCUUAUACUUAUGGAUACAGCUCUGGCUUUGAUGGAGGCUCGAGAACCGGUUUAUCCUUUAGAUAUUGUUCGUACAAUGCGUGAUCAGAGAGCUUGUAUGGUGCAAAAUGUGAGCCAAUAUCGUUUUGUGUGUGAAUGUAUCUGUGCUGCUUAUAUGAAAAUGUCACGCAAUAGUGCUUUACUGGCACAAGAAGAUGAUGACGACGAUGAUGAAGAAGAUGACGAAGACAAUGUUGAUUAGAGACAUAAACAAAAUAUGUACUAUAUUAUAAAUUAACUAUUGGUAAUAAUGCACGUGCCUCUCUCUUUAAUUGGAACCACAAUAAUCUAAUACAAAUCUCUCUCACAGGGACAUACACACACACACAGUCACUCAUACACUGAACCAUAUAUUUAUGACAGUAACUGAAACACGCAUAUGAAAGAUAAAUUAUAUAUAGACAUACAAACAUUAUAUAUUUUUUAUAUAAAACUUACAGAUAAUGAAAUUGAUAUAAUAAUAACCAACCAACAUACAUAAAAAAUACAUGCAUAAUUAAACCUUAUUUAAUGUUAAGAUUCAAAAUAAUUGUAUACGUAUUUUUUCAAACAAUUACUUCCUCGUUCCCUUCCCACCAAAAAAAUUGUUAUUAUUUUAAUACCUCUUCAAUUUGCUUUGAAAAUUAUUUAAAAAAUGAUUUAAACAAUUUGCUGCAACGAUUUAAAAGCGCAUUUAAAAUGUCUAUAAAAUUUUUGUUUUUACAAUUUAUAAAUAUUACUUUAAACAUAUAAAAAGUUGAAAUUUAAAAAUAUACAAUCAUUGUCAAAUCUCUUCCCCUUAUACAUACAUUAUAAUUGAUUAUAUAAUUUUGUAAGCUAAUUUAAAAAAUAAAGAUUUCUUAGCCCAUAAGUUAUUCCCGAAAAUCCCCAAUUAAAUAUAUACUUAUUACAUACAUACAUAUAAUUUUUUUUAAAUUUAUUUCUCUUGAACCGUUUGCUUAACAACAACCACAAUUCAUUAUUGAAAUAUCUCUCUGUAAUGAAUUCUUUACAAAUUCAAUUACUUUUCGUCACUGCUAUAUAAAUUUACUAUAAACUAGAAUGUAAACAUUUUAAAGGAAUAAAAUAAAAACGAAACAACAAGAACUAUUAGUAUUCUAGCACCAAAAACAAAACAAAACAAAAACAUAUUUAUGCUAAAAUAUACAAACAUACAUACACAUUACAUAAUAUACAUAAAAACAUACAUAUAUAAAUGCAUAAAUAUAUAUAUAUACAUAUAUUUAUUAUUGUAAUAAACAUUUUACAAUGUAGUUUCUCGUUUAAUUAUAAUGUUUGUCUCUUAUAUUUUGUAAAAAAAUAAAAUAAAAACGAAAAAUAAAUAUCAUUG